UCAGCGACCUGGGCAAGAGAGAGCCGGCCGCCGCCGCCGCGGACGAACGGGGCACGCAGCAGCGCCGGGCCUGCGCCAACGCCACCUGGAACAGCAUCCACGACGGGGUGAUUGCUGUCUUCCAGCACAAGGGGCUGCCUGACCAGGAGCUCUUCAGCCUCAACGAAGGCGUCCGGCAGCUGCUGAAGACGGAGCUGGGGUCUUUCUUCACGGAGUACCUGCAGAACCAGCUGCUGACGAAAGGCAUGGUGAUCCUUCGGGACAAGAUCCGCUUCUACGAGGGACAGAAGCUGCUGGAUGCGCUGGCGGAGACCUGGGACUUUUUCUUCAGUGACGUGCUGCCCACGCUGCAGGCCAUCUUCUACCCCGUGCAGGGCAAGGAGCCGUCGGUGCGCCAGCUGGCCCUGCUGCACUUCCGGAACACCAUCACCCUCAGCGUGAAGCUGGAGGAUGCGCUGGCCCGCGCCCACGCUCGCGUUCCCCCCGCCAUUGUACAGAUGCUGCUGGUGCUGCAGGGGGUGCAUGAGUCCAGGGGCGUGACUGAGGACUACCUGCGCCUGGAGACACUGAUCCAGAAGGUGGUGUCGCCCUACCUGGGCACCUUUGGCCUCUACUCCAGCGAGGGGCCUUUCACCCACUCCUGCAUCCUGGAGAAGCGCUUCCUGCGCCGCUCCCGCUCAGGGGACAUCCUGGCCAAGAACCCAGUGGUGCGCUCCAAGAGCUACAACACGCCGCUGCUGAACCCGGUGGCAGAACAUGAAGCUGAGGGCACGGUGGCCGGCGGCACCAGCAUCCGCAGGCACUCCGUCUCCGAGAUGACGUCCUGUCCUGAGCCCCAGGGCUUCGCUGACACACCCGGCCAGGGCCCUUCAGUGACCUUCAGGUCCUCCCCAGCACCCCACACGGGGCCCUGCCCCAGCAGACUGUACCCACCUACCCAGUCCCCCGAGCAGGGCCCGAGCCCAGCCCGCAGCUCCCCACCCACCUCCAGCCCCGAGAACCUGGUGGACCAGAUCCUGGAGUCCGUCGACUCGGAUUCCGAAGGAAUUUUCAUUGACUUUGGCCGGGGCCACAGCUCUGGCAUUUCUGACUUUGAGGGGGCCGGGGGCCGGCAGAGUGUGGUGUGAGGGCCUCGUGGCUGGCCUGGCAUUUUCACGGACCCGCAUGUGUGCACAUCCAUGUGUGUGCGUGCGAGACUUUUUUACUCUGUCUCAUCCUCGCCGGUCCCCUGUUGGCCUCGUCUCCGGCCGUGGUCACUUUAUAUUUCCAAGUCUUUGUUGGAAAAACCAUCCGCCUACCCUGCUCGGUCCAAGUCCGUUUGGGGGCCAUCUGAGCCAGCGUCGCCUGGUGCACAGGUCAGCCUGGUGGCAUGGACAGGGACCUGCCUCCUCACCCACCCCAGCCCUCCAGUGUCCAAACCUGUCCACAGAGAAUGUGAAUCCGGUGGAUUCUGCCUAUGACUAGGCAGUAGACCUGUCCAUCCCCCAACCACCCACCUCAGGCCACAGCGAGACCUGGGAUUGGGGUGUGUGACCUUGCCCCAGGAUUCGCCUAACAGCCUGUCCUCCCUCUGCCUGGGGUGGCCAUGGGGACAGGAGGGGAAGAAUAAAACGUGUCUGUCCGGCU